CAAACAAAAAUCGAUAUUUUCUUUCUAGAUAUAUCCACAGCCUCGAAUCAAUUUUUAAAGAUAGCCGCUUUCAAUUAAACCGACUCUCUUAAGGCGGCGGAGUGUCCGAUAAACUUUUCCUUAUUGCCGAUGUUUUUUGUGCUGAACUAUAAAAGGAAAUAAACUUGGUUAGUACCGUAAAAGAUUUUUGUUCGUAAUUAGUUUUAGAUAACAAUUCUAUUUUUUCACGUGUGAGAUAAUUAAAAAGGUGGCGAGCAAGAAAGAGAGAGUAGUUGAGAAUAGCAGGGGAGGUUUGUUCGACCAAGAUAAUCAAUGGUUGUUGAUGCAUCAGCCUAUAAUGAAGAGAGAAGGGUCGUGGAUGCUGUCUGAGGUUAGUAGGGAAAGGGAGAUGUCAGCUAUGGUUUCAGCUUUGACUCAUGUCGUAGCUGGCGAUGUGCCUGAUCAUCAGGAGCUGCCAGGAAAUAAUGAAAACUUGGAUGGUUUUGGUUCAAGUAGUAUUGCUGAUAACAAUAUUACUUCUUCAUGGGGAUUUGGUGGGCAAAAGAGAGGAAGGGAAGAAGAGGAAGGUGGCGCUGUUACUAAACUUUGUACACAGUUUGGUAACUUACCACAUGAAAGAGGAGGCUCAUCUUCUGCUGGUGUACGAGUGGAAGAGGCAAACACCCCUGCACAAUUGGUUCCGACGUACGAAUACAGGAGCAAUGAGAACUUCAGACAAGAGCCAAGGAGGAGAUACAGGGGAGUGAGACAGAGGCCAUGGGGCAAGUGGGCAGCAGAAAUAAGAGACCCCUUCAAAGCUGCUAGAGUUUGGUUAGGCACAUUCGACACAGCUGAGGCUGCAGCAAGAGCCUACGAUGAAGCAGCCCUUCGCUUCAGAGGCAACAAAGCCAAGCUCAACUUCCCUGAAAACGUCAAACUUAGAUCACCUCCCUCCAAUCCAACAACAACCCACUUGCCCAUUUCUGUUUCUACCAACACCCUUUUGUCCAUUCCAACAUCUACUGAGCCAAUCGUUCAAUCUCAAUCUCAUCACUUGGUCCAAAACCAUCAUGUAUCCGGGGGAUAUCUUGACUAUUCUCAGUUUUAUUGGGGUUCCAGCAGUGAUUUUCCAAGGCAACAGCAGCAGCAAUCCAUGAAUCCAUUCGACCAACUAGCAGGUUCUCAUGCACAAUCUUCUUCCUUGUCUUCUUCCUCAUCUUCUUCUUUACCAACAACUUCAAAUCCUCUUAUUUUCCCGAUUCAAGCUUCGGGUCAUCACGUCAACUUGGCUAGCAGUCAAGGUGGUGGUGUUGAAGAUUUUUCGGUGCAUGCUUGGUCAGAUUCUAGUCAUUAUACAUCAACCUCUGGAUAGUGUCUUUCUUUAAUUUACUAGUGAUUUUUGGCUUUUGGUCAUUAAUUGUAUGCCAACUUGUUAAAACGAUUGUGGUUAUUGGUUUUAGUAGUAUACUUUUUCAGGGAUUCCAUUUUGUACUAAUUAUUUUAGGAAUUAGUGGUUUUUUCUUUCUUUUGAUAAAGUUAAGUUAUAUAUAUAUAUAUUUAUAUAUGCAUAAACUACAAUCAUAGUUAAAAUUUACAUAUAGUAUUGGCAUAAUAUUUUGAUGAAAAUUUACAUAAACUACAAUCAACCUCUUGAACCUGAUAAAAAUAAGAUCCAGAAGUUUAGACUCUCGUUCAAACUUCUUUUUCUAUCGGAAGGUUCACUUGCGUCUAAUGGAACAGUAGAUAGCGUUAGAACUAUCUAACAUAUAGUCUAGAUUCUAGUGUAUAGUGUCCAGAAGAGAAGUCAAAAACAACUUCUUACAGAAUUGUUAUAUGGAUUAUUUGUAUUUACUCACGAAAUAUGAUUUAACGAUUAAUGCGUAUUCAACCUCAAUAGCAAAUCAUCUUGAGUUCAAAUUAUCGUAAUUUUGUUUGUACGUGUUAA